AUGGCCUGCGGCAUCGCAGAGCUGCUCAUGGGCCUGCGGGAUCCUGCCUGCCGGCUGCAGGUGCUGAGCCUGUGGAAGUGCGGGCUCACUGGCGCCUGCUGCGAGGAUCUCUGCACCGUGCUCAGCACCAGCCAGAGCCUGGAGCACCUGGACCUGAGCGAGAAUGAGCUGGGAGUGGGCGGCAUGCAGAAGCUGUGCGUGGUGCUGGGGCGUCCCACCUGCUCCCUGAAGCGGCUCUGGCUGAAGGAAUCUGGAUUAAAUGAAGAGACAUUGCAGAAGCUGGCGACUCUGAGGAAAGCAAAACCCUCCCUGAAUAUAGGGUACAUUUGAGAAGCAGGACUGGCUUGGGCCAGGGGGGCUGGCCUGGGGGCUCACUGACAGAGCUGGCACGGGUUAAGGGGAGAUGAGGGGUCUGGGAGAGGUUUCCUCUAUUUACAAGAGGUCCUUUUAGUGCUGAAAGCACCUUCCAAGAGGCAGGGCCAGGCUCUGGCUGAGCCUCCUGAGGGGCAUAGGGAUUCCUGCCCAGAGCAGAGACAGGUUCAUGCAUUACAGGUCGAGGUAGGACCUUGUCCAAGGUCCUGCAUGGGUGGGAAGGACCAGAGCUGGGGCCAUAGGAAACCAGGAUGAGGCA